UUUUUUGCUUGAAUUUCUAAAAAUUACAAAAUUUGUAAGAUGAAAAAAUCACGGCAGUGAAGUGUCCGUCAGUUGUAAAUCCUUCAUUCCGAAGGGCCCUUUGAAGCGGCCCAUUUUGAGCACUUUGGUUUGUGGCUGCCAUAUUGUUCUCACCCCAAAGUGCCCUUUGGAGGCAGAUUUAUCCUGUUUAGAAUGCAGCAAAUGAUUUAUGCCCCCAGCAUAAAUGAAUGGGAGUUAACAAGAAAAAAAAAGGCAACCUAUUAUCACUUUUGAGUGAACUGUUUAUUAAAUCUGAAGAUAAACAGUGAAUGAACAAACAUUAUUUAAUUAUUCACAACCUGUAGAUAUAGUUGGAAUACAUAAAAUGUUCAACAUUACUGAACAUGGAUUUAAACAAAUAAAUGACAUUAGAAUGAUAAAUAAAUACAUUUUCUUCAAGAUGACUUUCCACAGUAUCAGGUUACCAUUAAUAUUUAAACAGCAGUGUGGCAAGACUGGUUUCUGUUGUAAUUUCCACUCAUGUUUGUAUGCUUUCUCUGCUCAUCACAGCAGAACAUAUUUCAGGAGCAAGAAGGAAGCUGUUUGUGCAUUGAGUUCUAUCAACACUUAAUCAGUUAUGAUAUUUAGCUUUUCCUUAAGAAUGUAUUUGAAUAUUUUAUAUCCGACUGUUUGUGCUUCUUCCUCCACACCAGUUCAACUGUUAACCUAGUCCUGUAAGUGCGUAUGCAGAGGCAGUUUUGUGUAUUAUUGAGGUGUGGCAGGUGCCCAACAUUUCUUUCUAUACUGAAGGAACACUUUGAGGAGAGCUGUCUAAGUGGCCUGGUCUUUGUUUCCAACUAUUUUUGGAUUCCAGCACAAGACAAAGACUUAAUUGUUUGAUACCGCUGAGCUGGACAAGACAACAACUGGAACAGGGGAGUGGAGGGUGAAAAAGGCAAGUGACCCACUGGUCCCAAGCAUUUCACCAUGACACCAAGACCGACAUUAAAACCAACUAAAACACUUCACACCACAACAGCUGCUCCAGGCUUCCUGGCCUCUUUGCUGGACAGGAUUCCUUUGCCAAGAUGGGCCAUCUAUGCUAUAUUCGCUGCCAUCGUCCUGCUCAUUCUUAUCUUUGUGAUAUGCUGCUGUGUAAAAUGCUGCUGCAAAGGGAAAAAGAAGAGGAAGAAGAAGCUGGACCAGAAGAUCAGUAUGAAAGGGAUCUCAGGAACUACAACCGCAGCACUGGUCCAGCCUGAGACAGAGGAUGUGGAGUAUGGCUCAGCUGACCAGCAGAGAGGAAAACUGCAAUACUCACUAGAGUUCAACGCAUCCAGAUCAGAGCUGACUGUAGGGAUAAAAGAAGCUGCCACUUUGAAAGCGAUGGACUCAGGAGGAACAUCUGACCCUUAUGUGAAAGUCUACAUUUGUCCCAACAAGUCCAAAACAUAUGAGACGAAAGUCUUCAGGAAAACCCUAAACCCAGUGUUCAAUGAAAACUUCAAAUAUCAGAUCCCUCAGAAGGAGCUGACUGAGUCGACACUGGUGAUGCAAGUCUAUGACUUCAACAGAUUCUCCAAACACGACAUCAUCGGUGAGAUCAGACUGAAUCUGUCCACUGUGGACUGGAAUCAUGUGAUUGAGGAGUGGAGAGAUCUGAGCGAAGCUUCCAAGCAUGAGCAAGAACAUCUGGGAGAGAUCUGCUUUUCUCUUCGUUAUGUCCCAGCUAGCAGUAAACUCACUGUGAUCAUACUGGAAGCCAAGAACCUGAAGAUGAUGGACCAAGGAGGCUCUUCAGACCCUUAUGUGAAAGUUCAAUUGAUUCUGGAUAAGAAAAAGUGGAAGAAGAAGAAAACAUCGGUAAAGAAGCAGACGCUGAAUCCAUACUUCAAUGAAUCAUUCACUUUUGAAGUGUCAUUUGAAAAGAUUCAGAAAGUCCAGCUGGUCAUCUCAGUGUGGGAUCAUGACAAAAUGAGCAGAAAUGAUGCGAUUGGCAAGAUAUAUCUGGGUUGUGAUGCAACAGGAAACCAGCUGCGUCAUUGGGCGGAUAUGCUGUCCAACCCACGCAAGCCUGUGGCUCAGUGGCACACAUUACUCUCCUCUGAACAGGUGGACACAACGCUGGCCUUGAAAAACACACUAAAGAUCCCCUUCACAAACAAAGCCUUCUGAAAAAAACUGCAUUCCCAUUCCUUUGUUACAAUAUUCACAAGAAUUUCAAUAAGUUAUACUGUGCAAUGGACAGACUAUGGAUCAGGGCCAUUCAUUUUCAUUUAUUUGAUCCAUAUUGUUUUAGUGAAACAUUUCAUUACUCUCUCCUAUGUUGUCUUCUCCAUCAUUUGUAGCUGUUAGCAAAUCGAAUGCAUUUUAGUGAAUCGUUCAUAUGAAAGUAAAUCUGUUUAUAAGAAUGAUCUUCUUUAGAAAAACUUAUUUUUUAUAGUUAAAUAUAGCUGUUUGCCAUGUUUUCAAAUAAGAUAUAAUGAUACAUCUAAUUUUACUAACUUUAUCUGCAAGAUGCAUUUAAUGCUGUCACAUUACCCCAAUUUUAUGUUUUGUAUUGGUUAGCCACUAUUCUGAUGACCCUGUGUUUAGAGGAAUUUUAUUGAAUUUUACAGUUUUAUUGUUCUUAUCAUUUCUGAUACAAAGAUGAAAGAGAUCUGCUUAUUUCAUUUAUUGCUCAGCCUCAGAGGUGCAAAAGUGCAAAAAGUUUUCGGGGAUUAACCCUUCCUCAGUGCCAUGUGUCAAUAUCAGGGGCGGACUGGCCAUCGGGAGCAAUGACACCACCACAUGACCCAACAUCAGUGACGCACUGCCUAAUUGGCUAUAUCCAGAGGCAGUCUAUAUCUUAGAAAAUCAUGCCAAAAAUGGAUCGUAAACACAAAGGGGGAGCAGAGAGGGAGCGUAUAAAAAGGAGAAAAGCCCUGGCCACAGACGCAGGAAGUUGCUGCUAAAUCCCAGCCACUGUUCUCCAGUAAGGGAGCAGGUCGGUCAGAAUUACAUUUACAUUAUAUUUACAUAAUCAUUUGGCAGAUGGACGCUUUUAUCCAAAUUUAAAGAAAAAAUCUAUUUUAAAAUAUAUAGUAUGAUAGA